CGGACACUCCAAGCGACAAUGUACUCCAAGGUGGCGGUGGUGGUGGUGCUGGCGGUGGUGGCGGUGGUGAACGCGGAACCAGAACCAGAACCAGGCAAUUAUCAACCAGUGUACCAGUCGCACAAGCACCCGUACAACUACAACUACCACGUGAACAGUCACUACGGCGCGAACUUCGGCCAGCACGAGCAAGGAGACGGGAAGAAUGUAUACGGCGGCUACCAUGUUGACCUGCCCGACGGCCGCCGCCAGACGGUGAGGUACGUCGCUGACCACUACGGGGGCUACGUGGCACAGGUGAGCUACUACGGCAAGGCCCACCACCCCAAGCACUACGGCAACCCUCAGACCUUCUUCAAGCACCACGGAUACGGCCACGGGGGAUACCACUAAGGAAUACUCUUCUGUAGGACUCCGACUGAAAAAUCCUACACAGAAGUCCUAAAAAUUUUCCGAUAUGUAGAUUAUUUAAGGAUGCCACAAGAUACCUAACCUGACCUGACCCAACGAAGCUUGAACUAAACACUCUAUAGGA